AUGGAUUAUGCAAAGCUCAAAACAAGAUUGAAGGACAAGUUCACAAAAGAGUACAAAAAGACAAAACACACAGAAGAGUACACCGAAGCAGAAAAGACCUACAAAAGAACAAGAGACUCAAUUAAAAUGAUGGAGAUAGAGCUGCAAGCUCUUAUCCAAGCGUUCUCGGCUUCUACUUUGUACGAGAAUUUAACAAACACUUUUUCCUCUGGCUUGGAGAUAGUAAAAGAUACGAUAAAAAGACAGAACAAGACAAAGACAGAGGUGUCCAAGGAAGAGCCUGAUGUGUUUGGGGUCUUCUCUGGAUCUGCGCUGGCCAUUGCCAACAGCACCACCGGCGAAGCGGCUCGGCAGUUUGAAGGCCUUUCCUACUCCCUCAAGAAAGUGUCAGCAUCUAGAGUGCAGUUCAAAGAGGGCAUGCUUCGGGUCAUCGACUUAAUAAAAGAAACAAAGGAAGCAUCCAUGGACAUAGACGACAAUAGACUGAAAAUCCUGGACAUAAGGCAGAUUAUAGAGUCAAGCAAAACCCUCGAGGAAGAAGAAAAGUACAAGAACGAGUUCACCGAGGCCACCAGUAGAACAUAUGAUGAGAUGAAAAGGUACAUAACGUCUUCAGAGCUUUCAGAGAUAGCCCUGGGGAUAACAGGGUCCCUGCGAGGGUUCUUUGGCGACGCGUACGAUGCAAUGGCUGAGAACAUAACAGAUAAGUAA